CGCAAUAAUAUCCAUUCCCUUGCAAAGGCUUGUGACACUCGUACAUGGACGGAGAAAAAAUCUUUCUUUCUCCUUUAUCGAGGGAUAAGGGAAUCGUUUUCGAAAGGGACUACCCGUAGAAUAAGCCUUCCUUAUGUAAGUGACAGUAAAACGAACGGCAUUGAGUUAAGAAAAUAAUUAAAAGUUAACCAUGUCGCACUCGGUUACGAUUCAAACCCGAACGGUUACCACUGGAAGCCCAUCGGCGAUAAAUACCACCUUUUGCAGAUCAUGGACCGGGAUUCUGAAGCUUGCACAAGUGGCUCUAGGCAUCGUCUCCGUGGGUUUAAGCGGUUACGUGAUCAGCCAUUAUUUUGGUGGCCAGACGGUCACUGAGAAUCUAUUCUUCAUACUGAUAGCGACCACCUUCAUGAUCGCAAGUUUUCUUCUAGUGCUCAGCUGUCUCUGUUCCUACACAACAGAAUCCAUCAUUUCGAAAACUAUUUUUGAACUCUUGUUUCAUGCAUUCGCAUUUGCUCUUCUCCUUGCCGCUUCGGUGACGCUCUUAACUAAGGUCACGAAGGGACGAUAUUAUAAUCGGACUGAAAGUGAGAAGCUGGAAAUGGGUGCAGCCAUCUGCGGCUUAAUAAACGCAACACUGUACCUAAUUAGCACCAUAUUUGCUCUUCGUACCUCUCGGGGUCUAUAAAUUCAGGCUCCAGUGAGCGAGACACCGCACAAAAAUCGACAUAUUACGCGACAAUCGAAAUGCGAGCAGAAACUGAUUUAUUGAUUUCAUCGCUACGUAUAGAUGUUUUCAUGCUUACAUGUACUUACGCGAACAUUGCUACGACAAUACUGAUAAUAUUGUUGCCCGCAACAAGCGUUUUUCUAUUUUUCUUUUCAUUUUUGUUUUUAAUUUAUACUUUGUAUUAAAACGAAAAGAUAAUAAGCGAUAAAUAACUUUCUUAAUAUCAUUGGCUAAUCGAAGAUUCGAAGCAAAGUAAUUACUUUAUAAACAAAGUAUUGGUAUUAUUUACGUAUUUUUCAUGUCAAUGUUCAAUAUAUCUACUCGAAAUUAUCAUUAUAGAUGCGUAAGCAAUAUAUAUACCUCAUUCAAUGUGCUGAGAUACAUAAAGCGAUGUGAAUUUUUAUAACGCUAUCAUCAAAACUGAAAUUGUCGAUAUGCUUAUUGUAUAUGACUGCCUUGCAUCGAUAUCAUAAUAUAUGUAGAGUACAAUAUAUAAGCCAAAAUAUACUCGUCUAAAAAUUUACAGCGAAACCAUAUUGUUAUAAUAAUUGGAAAAACAAGCAUUUUGCGUUUUAUAGUAUUAAUCCAUUAAGACGCUGCAACGCCGAAUUUCUCUAUCAUUCACUGCAUUGUUAGUAAUUGAGUUUCAUUGUAAUGUUUUUUUACAAAUACGAAUAUAUUGAUUAUAUAAAUUUAUAUUAAAUUACACUAGAUUUUUAGAUCUAAUUUUUAUUUCAUACGGUAGCAAAUACGAAAGAAGAAUAAGAUGAACAUUACAUUGUUAAUUUGCAUUAAGUGAAAUUUAUUUCGUAUUUAAUUUGUUGCGUAAUUUAUUAAAUUUAAACAACAACGAUAAAAUAGAUUGUUACAAAAAACGUA